UGACAAAAAAUUCGUUACUUCUGUCACAAUGAUGUUCCCAAAGUACGUCAAAAUUUCUUGUUAUAUUUCUUGCAUCUUUUGAAAUGUUACCAAGAUCCAUACUGAGAAGAUAUUGCUCCGCUUUAGCGAAGAGUAAAGAAUUGAAGAAAAAAAUAUGCGAAGAAACGGAAGAGACCAGAUUUUGCAAUGUUGCACUAAUAGGAGCAGAUACCAAGCUUGGCGAACUAACAGCUUUCCUGAUGAAACCAAAUCCUUUGAUAACAACACUUCAUCUUCAAGGAGGGGCAGGCGUGGUUGGUUUGUGUGAGGAUUUGUCGCAUAUCGACACCAGGUGUAGAGUGGUAGCACAUGCUGGCACGGAUAAUUAUCGAAAUGCUAUGAAAACUGCUGAUGUAGUGGUUCUGCUUGGAAUGGGAGGAUUCUCCUCUAAAACUCCUAUUGGAGACCGUGUGAUGGCUGAAGGAAACAGGAUUUGUAAAUUAGCAGAAAAAUGCACCAAAUACGCUCGUAGAGCUGUCAUUGUUGUCUGCGCAACGCCAGUGAGUGUUAUGACGCCUUUAGUCGUCGAUAUGUUCAAGAGAACAGACUGGUAUCAUCCUGCCAGGAUAAUUGGGUUUCCUGGACCCGUAUCGGUUGUCAUCAAUACUGAAGUAGCUCGUUACCAGUGUUUUGACCCUAGCAUUGUCGAUAUACCAAUAAUAGGGGGACCAGAUAUAGAAUCACUGGUACCAGUAUUCUCAAAGGCUGUACCUUGCCCUGUGGACCGCGAAGGUGCAAUAAGGUUAACAGCGAGGUUAAGAGGUAUAGAACCGACUGAUUUUCCGAGAAAAUCCAGAACAGAAAACGUUUUCGUCACCGCAGUGAAUCCUGAGGCUGUAGCUUUGAACAGGCUGGUUUCAGCUAUAGCUUAUGGUAUCCAUGGUGACGAGAUGGCUGUGAGCUACGCCCAUAUCAGAACGAAUUGGAUCAAGACAUGCAGAUUCAUGGUCUCCCAAGUGAGAUUUGGUAAAAGUGGAGUUGUCCACAACUAUGGUAUGCCAGAGCUCAGCAAGUUUGAACAAGACUUACUAGAAAGAAGCGUAGCGCUAGUAAGCUGUAGAGAACAAAUGGCCAAGGAGUAUUUGGAAUAUUAUCUAUGUAAGAGAAGAGAUAUUCUGCCGUACUUCAAACAGAGGGAGGUUGAAAUGUACCACGAGAAAAGGCAGAGUAUGAUGAGAAAUUGAUUUGUCCUAAUAUAAAGUGUUGUAUCUAACUUCAAUAAAAUUUCAAUUCUA